UGAUGGACGCUUGUGUUCCGCCCGAAACGUGAUUGAUUUAUUUUAUACCUACGUGACUUUACCGAAAGAACCAAAGAGUUUGGUCAAUGCUAUGUAUGAAUGUUUGGACUUAUUUCGGACGUUACGUAUACAGCUAUGCUAAUCGGAGGUGCGAGCGAUGUUUUUUUUAAAUUCCUGAUCCAUGCUGUUUUUCUUUCUGUCUCUCGAUGUCAUUCCACCGGUGAUGAAGUAUAAGGAAUCUUAAAUGCAUUACAGUAUAUGUAUCCGUAAAAUAUACAUACAAAAUCAUAUAUUCUUUGGCAUGUAAUAAAAAUGUCAAAUUGCUAACUUAUGCAUGUGAGUAUUAUACGUAUAUUCAGAACAUGAAAACAAAUCUCUGUUGCCAUUAAAAAUAGCCACGCUUUAAGUUCCUUUGUAUGCACUUCACGGGUUAAAUUUGAUAAUACAAAUUGUGUUUGUACGUGCAUAUACUACAAUAUAUGUGAUGUGAAUUUGAGUUAAAUACACAACAAAUGCCAAAAAAAAGCUAAUUUGACAGUUGGCAACGUAUCGACAGGACUCUCUGCCGAAUGAUGCAAACAGAGCCAAAACAAUAUAGCUUUAGGUAAAACCGAUAAACUGGAGUUUUAGCCGGUGGAUUUUACAAUUUCGUUCUCCGUUGAGAAGCUUUGCAAACGUAUACAGUGUUUUGUCGGGAAAGUAAGUAAGUGAGAGAGGAGUCGGGGGGGUGUGUAGCGGUUUGUGUGUUGGGUAGCAGGGUGGGUGGGACAGACGGGGACAUUUCGUCCUGGGUCCCUUGCAAACCAAAUACAAUGCGUGAGAGCCGACUCGUGGGUGUCGUCUGCGUGUGCGCGUGAGAGAGGGGGAGAGAGAGAGAGACACGGGGUGUGUGUGGGAUUCCGGGGCAACGUGGGGCUCCUUCUCGUCACCACCCCUCCAACCGCCUUUGCCGUCAGCAUGGAUUUCAACAUCUUCAAAUCGGAGGGGCUUCUUGUGGCGGGGCUCAAUGUCCUCAUUAUUGUGGGACUCUAUCGCGUUCUGAGAAAAUGCAGAAUCUUCAGGAAGAAGAAGAGACCAACAGACAGCGCGGAGGAUGAGCUGGAGUUGGCGACGGUGCGCCACCGGCCUGAAGCCCUCGACAAGCUGGAGGCCCAGAGCAAGUUCUCACGCAAGGAGCUGCAGGUGCUGUACCGCAGCUUCAAAAACGAGUGCCCCAGCGGGAUCGUUAACGAGGAUAACUUUAAGGAGAUCUACGCGCAGUUCUUCCCACAGGGAGAUGCCAGUACAUAUGCCCACUUUCUUUUCAACGCCUUUGAUACGGAUCACAAUGGCUCCCUGAGCUUCGAGGACUUUGUGAUGGGCCUGUCCGUGCUGCUGAGAGGCACCAUCAAUGAGAAGCUCUACUGGGCCUUCAACCUCUACGACAUCAACAAGGAUGGCUACAUCACCAAGGAGGAAAUGCUGGACAUCAUGAGAUCCAUUUAUGACAUGAUGGGGAAAUACACGCACCCUGCUGUGCAAGAUGAAGCACCACUAGAACAUGUUGAAAAGUUCUUCCAGAAAAUGGACAAAAACAAAGAUGGAGUUGUUACAAUAGAUGAGUUCAUGGACACUUGUAAAACGGAUGACAGCAUCAUGCAGUCCAUGCAUCUUUUUGAGCACAUCAUAUAACCCUGCGUGCUGAACGGGUUCUCCCACGAAUUACUUUUUUCUGCUGAGAAGUAAAACAUUUAGAGGAGGAGGAGGGGAAAAACAAAAACCUGCAUGAAAACCAACACUGGGAAGAUAAACUUCUGUCCAUGACUAUUUUGUACUCCAGUGCUUUCAUUGGAUUUCGUAUACCAAGUUAAAAAAACAUAACGCAAAAAAAAGAAGACGAAAAAAAACGACCAUCUCUCAAUGAUUUAACAGUUUUAAACGUUGAUGCCUGCCAAGUUAAGACCGGUUCCGGAAGCUUGUUUGGCAAGAAUAGCCGAGCACAGCAGCCUGCUUCAACGGUUCGAUUCGUCGUCGAACAUGAAGAAAAUAAAGUUUGAUUUGUGCUCAAACAGUGUGGGACCAUUUUGGAGGCGAUGGAAUGUCUGUAAAGUCUCUUUGUACCUGCCCUUUUGUUUGUCGUGUGUCUUGCAAUAGAGAUUUCGUGGCAUUUCCUUGCAUGGACAUUGCCAUACAGCUGAUUUUAAGACAAUCUGGCCAAUUGUCCAGCCACGGUAUUUUGCCACUGAUGCAUUAAGCCGAGAACAUUUGUAUAAUUUAACUUUUUUUUAAUUGUUUAACUUUUUUUUUAUUAUACAAUGCAAUGUGAGUUAUCGAUCGUUCAUUCUACUUACAAUGAAAAUUAUUCCCCACCGCUGUAUUUCCUUCUCUUAACCGAGUGUAACCAUGUCCACCAUGUCACUACGAGUUAUGACGAGGGUUUGUAAGGAGAAAAUAUCAUGUAUAGUUAAAAUGCUGCAUCAUGUAACCUGCAGUUCCAACAUGUAAUUAACACUGAAAAUAACACGGUCGAAAAAUGUAAAGUCUUAAAUAUUUUUUUAAGUAUCAAAUGUUUUCAUGAAAGCAAAACACGGAAUAUGUGGUCUGGUUAAAAUAAGGACUUCCAUUUUAACUUCAUUAUUGGAUUUAUUAUGUUUUAAUAAUUAUUUUUGUUCAGAUUAUUUUAACUGUGUUAUGUUAGCGUUGAACACAAUGCAAGGUGUUGCAAACACACAGGCUCGAUUGACGUAAAACAUUUGAAAUGCAAAGUGUACAUUAGUUACAGGAAGAGAAUUGACGGUGGUCAUUUCCCCAUAUUUUUGUAUAUCAAUCGAGCUAUAUUGGUCUCGUAGAACAGCAUUAAUGGUGAUGGUAGUCACAUUCCUUGUAUCCACCAAUGAGCAUGAUAACAUGGUCCAAUCCCUACCAACAGCAUGAUACACACACACGAUGGACAGUACCGACAAAAUCGUUUUAAAGAAUGCAACAGAUUUUAAAUAUAAAGAUGUUGGUACUCAUGCUGGUAAUAGUUAUUGUGCUACCUGGAUAAGCACAUUUACAGUCCCACGUUUAGUCUUGGAACAAUCAUAACAAUGCUUCACUGUUUGAUGAGGUUUUUUUUUAUUAGGAUAUAGCAGGAAGAGAUUCCACACUUGAAAUCCCCUGUUUGACGGCUCAUCUUGGCUCGCCUUGAUGCUGCUACUAUAAUUAUGACUAAUUCGUGUAUAAUUAUUUUGCAUAAGUGUUAUUUUAAGUCCAUUUUGCCAGAUGUAUUGGCAACAAUAUCACAUAACUUACUUGAAUGCUGGCAUCAAGGCAAAAUCGGGCAUUCUCUAGAUUGGCCACUAGAUGGUGAUAUUCAAACAUCGUAUGAAUCCAUGAAUGUCCUUUAUUUUAGGCACACUCAAAUAUUACAAAUAAGCGUUAACCACAAUCUUAAUCCUGAAAAUUGCAGCCAAAACCGAUUGCAAAUUUUUACUUAUUUACCUGGCGGCUAAACAACAAUUUACUAAAUGUAAUUUUAUCCCUUAUCCCCUAAAUAACCUAUUUAAUGGGAAAUGCAGGCUGCCAAUACAGCUGGAGGCAUAGCUGCAAGUGCAGAUACAGUUCAAUUUUCGAUUCAGUAUAACGUUACAGGAGCAUUGUGCAAUGGUUUACAAGUAGUUGAGGAAGUGUAAAAUGAUUAGGCCCCAAACAUCCGUUGAGUCGCACAUUCCGAGCGUGUACGAUUCCAUCAUGUAUUGAUUCAAAUUGGGCAGAGAUAGGCCUUGGCCUCAACCCUGAUGAUAUCGACUGAAAUGGAUACAAAGUACAUUUGUGGCUGCAAUUGAAUGUUACCCAACAGCGUGUGAGUGUAGGCAGCUGAACGGUUUGUGCGUGGGAAUGUCGCGCGGCAGUGGGUUGUAAGUCUGCUUCACAUUCAUUGGACAUAGGUCAGUGGUAAUUCAUUCAUAGGGUCCUGUGCUCUUGGAACUGUCCUCCAUUGCUUUGGGCUAAGAAUUGGAAUUGAUUGGUAAGCUUGCCAAAAACCCAGGAUGUCAAUGAUGUGUACGGUAUUGUGAUACAUUAUUUUGUGUGCAUAGCUAUUAAGAGCUUUCACUUAUGAGAGCUGAGUGCUCUAAAACAUUUUUAUUGAAAAAAAAUUCAACUGCAAUUGCAUCCCUUGUCUGCUACAAUGGAAUAACUGCUGAGACACACUCGCAUGCCAUUGCAGGUUAGAUUGUACACAUUUCGCAUGCAGACCACAGACUUCAAGAGGCAUGGAGGCCACAUCCUUCAAGAGCCAGUACUACAAAAAUAAAUCCGAAUUAUGUACGGCAAAAAAAAUACCCUUCAGCAAUGGCAGAGGUCUAAAGAUGUUCGAAGCCUGAAGUGAUGAUGACUACUGCUGGAUUUCCACCGGCCACUUUUGAUUUGUGUUGAAGUUGCGCUGAGAAUCGCUCGCGGGCUUUCGACAGCCACGGGGCCCUUACAAUAACGCAUGUCGCACCGACGAGUAAGAUAGACCCAGAUCGCUGAACACACGCACAUGGACUGUGCUUGCUAGCCCUCCCUGUCUCGUUAUAAAGAAGCGCGUGUGUGAAACCUGACACUGUAAACAAGUAUCGGUUUGCCGUGUCGCACAGGAACGUGUCGCCAUAUCCUCCCUGGGAGGAAGUGUUUGGUUUUCUUUAACAUCAAACUGUAUUCCUCAUUCAUCGUCGGUGCAUAUGUUUUUACAUUAUUAAAAUCCUGUUUUUCAAAUGCACGUCAAAUGUAAAGUACAAUAUACAAAUCUAGACAAUUUUUUUUCCCAGGAGGGCCUCACUCAUGGGUGGUUCUGCUAUUGGAUGUUUGGGCAGUUUUCUCCCUUGGAGUGUCCUUGUGUAUGGAAGGAAACCAGAGUGCAUGUAAAGAGCCCACACAUAACGAGAUACUAAUCAAACUCUGCAUCUUUUGAUCACCACCCUAUUUGCUGUACUGUCACCUACUCUUUGCUCUACGGGGACCCAUUCACACCAUCCAAGAUGCACCCAAAACAACCAGGGGGACCAAAAGCUGAUCGAAGUUCAUCACCAAGCCCAGCCGAUCAUACCGAUAAUUUGUGACCGACACGUCACAGACACUUGUGCAAAUACAUCUCAUGAAUUUCGAGAAACGGGCAAGGAUCGGAGUUGAAUGGUCUGUGCUCCAUUGUAAUUGCAGUGUUUAAUAGCAGACAUAUAAAGGUUCUUGCAGUACAGAAACAUGCAAAUUUGUUUGCAUUGGGAGGCUGACGAUGGCUAUUCACUGUGCACUCGAAGCAAUAAAAUGCUAACGCUGCUUCUGCUGUCACUCGAUAGGACAUAGAAACCAUGCAGAUCUCCACCGAGAAUCGGCGAUUACAUAUCACAUGUGCAUACUGUUGUGGUGUUUCCUGUAUAGUUUUAACGGUCAUACUGCCAUUAGUUGCUGUGUCUGGACUAUAUGAUCAGUGCCGUAAUUGGCACCGCCACAUCGUGGAGAAUGAUCGAAAACUGCACGUCUGAUUUAAAAAACAACAACACCAUUGUUCAUUGGAUAUUCAGGUUCAGUAGGUACAGUAAUACAGAUGUGUGUGGAUGUACUUUAAAAAAAAUAUCCUGAGAUUUGCUAUUGCUCGCUAGAAAUGCAUCAUACAGGACUGUUUGAAAAAUCGGCACGUAACUUCUUCUCAGAUUGAAGAUACUGUACUCUUCAAACAUUAGGCCACUGCUACUUAUAGUCCAUGGGCCAGAUUAUAAAUUGGCAGCACCUGAAGGUAGCACUUCUGUUGUACCGAUCUAUUCAUAAGGCUAAUGAGAGUUUAUUUUUGAUUUUACCCCAACUAAUUUCGAGUGGUUUUCACAUUCUCUGUUGUUGGCCACAUAUAAAUUGAAACCUCUUCAAGUUAUGCCACCUGUUGCGGUACUUACAAGGGAAAUAUCUAGUCUGGGCGCAUGCACUCUUAUAAACAUGUUUCAGGAAGUCUCUCCCAGAAGCUAUUGCAAUGCAUUACUGUUACGAACAUAACAGUUAUUUUCAAGUGUGUAUGAUUACUAUAACGUAUUUAAAUCGAUGAAGAGAUAGCACACGUGAGCACUGAAAAAUAAAAAAAUAUAUAUGUGAUAUAGUUAAAAAGUCUGCUUGCUAGACAAUUAAUGUAUAAAGCUCCUAGCAUUGCCAAAUUAGAUCUAUAGGUAAAAUACCAAAGCACCGUGUGCUGUAAAGCUGACAGGACGGUAUAUACACACGCACUGUGAUAUCACUAUAGCGCCGUUGUGUGCUGCAGUCAAUCCAAACACAAUACGGUAUGAAAUUAGCAUUUAUUAUAUGCUUAAUCAAUAUAACUCUAGAUUAAUACCGUAUAUUUAUUAGGCCUCCCGAGCAAAUAAACAAUGAAUUACAGUUAAACGAAUCACAAUUAUUUUGCAUAUGCAGUUUUAUACAAAAUGCAUAAUAGAGGUUUAUGUUGGGUUGGAUCGCGUAAAUAUAAAUGUCAUUGAACCCGCCACUACCCGACACAGCCAAUUAGUAAAGUUUGUCACGUAAACAAAACGUUCCAAUUCGUGAAUAGUGCAGCACACCGCUUGUGUGUUGGAGAGUAAACCCGCAACAUAUUGGUCGCGAAAGACUGUGUUAACUUUGAGUCUUAUACAACUGGGUAAUCUGGUCACGGUAACAAUGCUGGCCUGCAACAGAAAACCACGUACCGUAAACUGUGAUUGAAAUCCUGAAUAUGGUGCAAUGACGAUUGCCAGGAAAUGCACUCUACUUAAUUUGAAAGAGAAUGUAGAUUUAACAGUACUUGAUUUUUGUUGAUGAUGAUGAUGGCCACGGGAACAAUGAAUUAAUCCACAAUUAUGGCAUGGCGGUAAAAGUUCCCAUCAUUAUUGCUCGUAAGUUGUGUCAUUCACAAAAUACCUGUUCUUAAAGCUAACCUGUGCUCCACCACUGUGUAAGGCUAUUGGCAAGUGGUGGCUACUAGUAUUUAGUGUUAAUUAAUUCAUUUGCAUAGAGAAGAGUAGGCACUUGGUAAGUUGUCCAUUUCAAUAUUUAAUGGUGGUACAUGUCCAGGUGUUAUCAGAUCACCUUUCCACUUCUGGUGCUUUGCUAUUUAUCCUGCAAAUGCCACUUUGCUUUUGCAGCUCAAACCGUAAAUACCAACUAUGCUUCAUACAGUAUUCCUGCAUACAAAAAUAUACCAACUAAAUAUUAUCUUCAUGAAGCUGUGUGUGUGUAUAAUAGUAUGCUGUAAUAUGACCUAUUUUGUAAAAAGGUUCUAUCACCAACGCUCAAUUGAUGUCACAUUAAAGUUACAAUAAAUUAUGUUUAUUUCAACAAAA